CAAACUGGGUUGGCUGCAGGAUGAACACAAUCUGAGAUUGAGGCAAGCAGCCAGUAAAGGAAACAGCUUGGAAAUCUGCAGCUUUUGUCAUUACAUUUCCCCCCCUCUGCAGCAGCCGAGACUCGCAAGUUUAUUUGUGUAUUGGGACUGGAAGUGGAAUCUAGGGAUUUCCUCCCUGGGAAUACUGUGUGCAUCAGUGUGUGUGUGUGUGAGCAGAGUCACAAGCCUGUUCUGCUAGCAGCCCCCUCCCCUCACGGCCGCACUCAGGAGAAGGAGGAGGAGGAAGCUGCGCCGCUGUCACCCUCACACAACAGUCUUCUUGUACGAGACAAACAUCGCUGUCGCCUGCACUGAUUUGCUCUGUCACAUCGAACCUUUGCGGAGGAGAAGAGCAGGUGUGACCGGACUGCUGCCUGCUAUUCCCCGGCCUCUCAGAACCCACCCAUUACUGCAGGAGAGGAGGAGGAGGAGAGACCCCGGUACCAAACCCAGGAUGAUGUGAAUGCAGAGCUGAGCCGAGGCCGGCUAGUGCAGGCUGAAACAACAGGAUCUUGAUUUAUUGACGCUCAUUGGACAGUUUGCGACUGUAAACUGUUGGAGCUGCAGCUUGCUGGGAGACUAAAAGAAGCAAUGUGGUGAAAUCAAGUUACCAUAGCUUGGGAAAAUAUUGGAAUAUAGAUAAUGGGCUGUGUGCAAUGCAAGGAUAAAGAAGCAACAAAACUGACAGAUGAGAGGGACAACAGUUUAACUCAGAGUUUAGGAUACCGCUAUGGGACGGAUCCCACCCCACAGCAUUAUCCCAGCUUUACUGUGACUACCAUUCCAAACUAUAACAACUUCCAUACAAAUGCAGGGCAGGGGCUUACAGUGUUUGGCGGGGUGAACUCUUCAUCACACACAGGCACCUUGCGCACAAGGGGCGGAACAGGAGUGACACUUUUUGUGGCUCUGUAUGACUAUGAAGCCAGAACAGAAGAUGAUUUAAGUUUUCAGAAAGGAGAAAAAUUUCAAAUACUCAAUAGCUCGGAAGGGGAUUGGUGGGAAGCUCGUUCUUUAACCACUGGUGGCACAGGUUACAUCCCCAGUAAUUAUGUUGCACCGGUGGAUUCCAUACAAGCAGAGGAAUGGUACUUUGGCAAACUGGGCAGAAAAGAUGCAGAAAGGCAAUUACUAUCUUUUGGGAACCCAAGGGGUACUUAUCUAAUACGUGAAAGUGAAACUACCAAAGGUGCCUAUUCCUUGUCUAUUCGUGACUGGGACGAUAUGAAGGGAGACCACGUUAAGCAUUAUAAGAUACGAAAACUUGAUAAUGGGGGUUAUUAUAUUACAACUAGAGCCCAGUUUGAAACCCUACAGCAACUGGUUCAACAUUAUUCAGAGAGAGCUGCAGGUCUUUGUUGCCGCUUGGUAGUACCAUGUCAUAAAGGAAUGCCAAGACUUACAGACCUGUCUGUCAAAACCAAAGAUGUUUGGGAAAUACCAAGAGAAUCACUCCAGUUGAUCAAGAGACUGGGGAAUGGGCAGUUUGGGGAAGUAUGGAUGGGUACAUGGAAUGGAAACACAAAGGUGGCGAUAAAGACACUGAAGCCAGGCACCAUGUCUCCAGAAUCUUUCUUAGAAGAAGCACAGAUCAUGAAGAAACUGAAGCAUGAUAAGCUUGUGCAGCUCUAUGCUGUAGUGUCUGAGGAGCCCAUUUAUAUUGUCACCGAGUACAUGAGCAAAGGUAGUUUACUAGAUUUCCUAAAGGAUGGAGAAGGAAGAGCCUUGAAGUUGCCAAAUUUAGUAGACAUGGCUGCCCAGGUUGCUGCUGGCAUGGCUUAUAUUGAGAGAAUGAAUUAUAUACACAGAGAUUUGAGAUCUGCAAAUAUUUUGGUUGGAAAUGGCCUUAUUUGCAAAAUUGCUGAUUUUGGCCUUGCUAGAUUGAUUGAAGACAAUGAGUACACUGCAAGGCAAGGUGCAAAGUUUCCCAUAAAAUGGACAGCUCCUGAAGCAGCACUCUAUGGAAGGUUCACAAUAAAGUCAGAUGUGUGGUCAUUUGGAAUUUUACUGACAGAGCUUGUUACAAAGGGAAGAGUUCCCUAUCCAGGAAUGAACAACCGGGAGGUCUUGGAGCAAGUUGAGCGCGGUUACAGAAUGCCAUGUCCACAGGACUGUCCAAACUCCCUCCAUGAGCUUAUGCUGAACUGCUGGAAAAAGGACCCAGAGGAACGCCCAACUUUUGAAUAUCUACAGGGUUUCCUGGAGGAUUACUUCACUGCCACCGAGCCCCAAUAUCAGCCCGGAGACAACCUGUAAAAUUCUGCCCACAGAAAACCGUUGCCAGGUUCAACCACCUAGAAUUUGCUUCCAGUUAAUUGAGUGCCCACUAUAAAGGAGCUCUUAUCUUCCAGUGCAGACUGCACACCGUUGUGGAGCUGAGAACUUCCAGAAUAUUUUCAUGACCACUUAUAUAAUAAUUGGAAUGUUCUCUUUUGAAGAAGACAAAAACUAUGGUGAAAGUUAUUAAAACACACACAAAAAAACAGUACUUCAUACGCAAGGACUUUGAGAUAAUGCAUUUUAUCAAUGUUAUGUAAACUGCAAGACCUCUCUACAUGGUAAAUAGUAACUCUGUGCCAAUUCCCAAUCAUAGAGCCUUUGAUCCUUCCUUUCUGUUUUAUUUUUGAAAAGCGGAGCCCAUGUCAUUUAAGCCAGUUACCAUCAUAAGAAGUAUUGCUUUGCAGAAGUGCCCUCUCCAUCUGAUAGGACAUUUCACUUAAAGUAUUGAUGCAAUCUUCUUCAUGUUUUGCUUCUUUUUAUACAUAAAAUGCAGAAAAUUGUACAUACAGUCACCAAGUACACCUUGUACAUAGACAAACUUGGAUGCCUUUCAGGAAAGGUCUUUUGUUUCCCUGCUGUAUCCCGAUAAAAAGACUCUCUAAAAAAUGCUGAAUAUCUAAAGAAAGAGGACUUGUUUUUUUUUUCUUAACAAAGAACACGGUUGUAAUCCCAAUGUUUUGUUAAGCCAUACACUAUUUAGAUUCAUUGAGAUAUAAGACUGUAUUCUGAGAUUGUCUGACUCAUGACCAGAGAAAGAUUCUCUAAUAGACUAUGGUUGUGUCACUUAGAAGGAAGUUAAAAGUGCUACCUGCUUCCUGUAGUGAGCAGCAACCUUAAGGAUUCCGGGAGCUGUGGUUCACAGUCUCUGAGCUAUAAUUCAGCAUUUAUCAGCCCAGGAAUACAAAAUGGAGAGAAGAAACUGUAAUAUCCUCUCCUUUUUGUAUAUGCUAGCUAACAGGUUUUUGAUUGUUUCGCUAAAGCCAACGUUUGACUCUCAUGUUCCUUUUCAUUCACUUAGAAUCCAAAUACAAUUGUAUCUUUAAUAUUACAUUAGUUUGCUGCCAUGCUAUAAGCAAGAGAGUUUGGUCCCACUGGCUGUAGCUGGUCAUAUUUGCCAGUUCUGGUGCCUGAGAAAUAGAAUGACCAGGAGACCAAAACUGAUACUGGAACCAAACUAGGUGUCCCUGAGGUUUUAGAGGGGUCUUUGCUUAAUCCCAUGCUAAGAAUAUUCUGAUUAAUGGAUAUGUGCUAUCAGAUAUUGGCAAACUAUGACUACAUUUCUUGAAAGCAUGAAAUUGAUGCCCUAAACUCAUUCAGUUCAAAGUUAAUAAAUGUCCCCCAGUGUCAUCGCUCGCUGAGCAACUCCUUGUACAACAAUCUUUUUAAUCACCCCCUUUAAGGAGUAACCAGAUUGUUCCUUUUUUACCUAUGUGUUUUUUCAGUGUUCUGUACUUACAAUGACACUUUGUGUGUCCCUAGAGGUUCUCCUAUGGAAUUACUAUGCACUAUGCAUUUCAUGGGGAAUGCAAAACAAGUGAUUCUUUGUACCAUUCUUAGUUCAAAUAUGUUUAACAAACAAGGUCCUCAUUUGGUUUCUCAAUCAGGUUAGCGGUUUAACGUCCUAACUAAUUUCCUGUCAUUGUUUCUUUAAGAUUUUACAUGGAAAACUGUUUAACUUUAUUAAUUUAGUAAUUAAAUCUGAACAUUUUACAUCUUGA